UCUUUGUACCAGCAGUACAUCAUAACGACCUUAGGGAUUUUGACUCCGUGGACUGGGCGGAGACGGAGGCAGACGAGUAGGGGGAGUCGAGCGGCCGGACUCGAGCUUCGGUAGCCGUCUAAUCGGAGGGAUCCUCGCCUGCGACGGUGGGUAACCAGUCCAUGCGCGAGGCGACUGCAGUUCAUCUUCUCCGAGCAGAGCCAACCUAGAAGAAGACAUGGAAUCAUCUUCAACACCAAGAAGAGGAAGAAGUGAUGUUUCUGUGAGCAGAGGCCGUGGAAGCAGAGGCCGCAGUAUUGCUGUACCUGAUGAUGAGAUUUGGAAUCCAAAACUCUUUGCCUGCCAGAAGCCACACGUUUUGCAAGACAUUUUCUCAAAAUUUAAUAAUUUCAAGAUGUUAUUGAUGAAAGAUAUCUCUUUUGAUGGGUUGGCAGAGAUGCCCAAACAACAAUGGAAUCGUCAGUUUUCUUUUUUCUGCCUGUGCCAGACUGAUGCAGAUGGUGACCCUAUGGAGUUUGAGUACCUUGAUGGUACCCGAGUACCCAUGUACCCAUCACAUGUACAUGAGAUCAUAGGGGUGAAAUCGGAGGGUGUACACAUUUCUGUGACGGAUGACGAUAUUCCUGAUGAGGUAGUUGAAGAAGUUUGCAGGGCUCUAGGAGUGAAGGAGUUAACAAUAAGCAAUGUUUGGAGGGUGGUUGAAAGUGUUGUUGAUGAACACAGCACAAAGCGCGAGCAAGAAGCUUUCCAAAUAGGAGUUGUAAUUUUGGCUUUCGCAUUCAUGCUUGACUGCAGAGAUCGGGAGCCAAAGAUGCCAACAUAUUUACUCCCUUACCUCAUCAGUGUUGAGAAGCUGAAACAAGUCAAUUUUGGAAGAUGUGUACUUGAUAUUAUUGGAAUUGCUGCUCGGAAAGUUCCCAAAUUGAAGAGGAGUCAUUAUUCGACAUGCACAGUUGGGGGUUGCAGCAUUGUAUCUCAGCAAAGCACCAGCAAAUGUGUACCCCAGAAUCAAGGUGUAUGAUAAGGCAAAGUUAGAUUUGCUUAUCAGUAUGGACAGGAAUACUCACAGUGUGAAUUUGGGGAGGUGGUAUGGUUACUGCAAGAGGAACGAUCAAGUGAAGGCUGAAAACAAAGGGAAAGGCAUAGCAACGGGAUCAACAAGUGAGAAGAAGAAGUACAAGAGUGACAGGCAAUCGACGAAACAGAAGCGUUUCCAGGCUUUGAUGAAAGUUGUUGAAGAUCAUCAUGCUGCAGAUGGGUAUCUUAUUGAUGACCUAAAAAAAUAAAUACAGAAAAGGAAGAACCUACUUCUACAGCGAAUGGCACACCACUUGGAGAACAAGGUUUUUUCUGAUGAAGAAUACGAGGAUACAACAUCUGCUAUACACAGGAUGGAAGGUCACCUUGGAGGAGAGCAUUCAUUUCAUGAUGAUGCCACAUCAAGUUAUUUGGCUGCAUGAGCAUCCGGAAACAAUGAAAACGUUCGAGAGGAGAGCAACAUGAGUCAAGUUGGAGACAAGAGAGGGGCUGAAGGUCAACUGAACUCAGGCAGCCAAUCGUCGAAAAGAUGCAAGAGUACCGGGCAAGAGGCAGAUGCACGGACUAAUGUUGGGAUGAGCGAUGUGCAAGAAGGGCAUGAACAUAUAUCAGGGGUUGAAACAGAUCAGACCAGAAAUAUUGGAAUGACAGGUACAGUUGGUGAUGAAGGUAACCUUUUAGAUACACAUACUUCUAUAAAGAUUAUAGUUGCACGAGAACUUGGGUUACUCAAAGACUCAUGCGCUAGACCUCCAAGAAUCCCACAUGUUCCUGGUCUUAGGCGAUUGAAAAAACGAAUUGCGUUCAGAGGUCCUCAUCCACAACCAGUGAGUGAAGAGAAGGCUCAAGAAGAAGAUGUGGAGCAUGAUGUUCUUCAAUCUGCCUCAAACACUGAUGUGCCUGUUGAAUCAAAUAAUGCGGACUGUACCAAGGAGCAGAACUGUGAGGCAGAUGUGAUUAUCAAUAGCGUACUGCAAGAUAUCGAAUUAGGUGAACAUAGUCAGCGUGGAGAAGAUCAUGUUGGGAGUACAGAAGUUGAACCUCAGGAAGCAAACACAGCACCAGCAAUCAAUGUGGUAUCACCUGCUGCUGCUGAUCCAACAGAAUCGUCGCGUAAGGCAGAUGACACUGAGAAGAAAGGUGAUGUUGCCCAAGCAGGUACAGCUGGAUCUGAAAGUACAAAUUCUGGCAAUGUGAAUGAUUUAGUGAAGAGUUUCUUCAUGACUCCACCGGUGGAGCCAUUAUUACCAGGGGGUUUGGACGGUGCUUACCAUGUGCAAGGGCCUAACGCUCCUAUAUUUGAUGAGACACCGCAAUGAAAAGGCAAGAAUGCAGCGGAUUCUGGUGAGAAUGUUGGAGAGAAGCAGAGAGGCAAGGCUGAAAGUGAACUUUACCUGGUACAUGAUGAUCCAUCAGAUUCAUCGGUUCAAGUUGGAGAUAUGAAGGUGUACCAAAGGCGUACUGUGUCGAAGAGAAAGUACGGCAAGUUUGAUGGAGAAGAAGCAAGUGAUGCAGUCGUUGAUGAAGGCGCAAGUACUUUCUAGCUGGUUAAGAGAUUAUGAUGAACAUUGUACAUUCUUGUGCGUGCAUAAUGCAUGCAAGAAUGUAUGGAAUGGGAAGCUUGUUUUGUAAUGGUUGUGAUAUGUUGAAGGUACAUGUUCGACAGUAUUUUAUGAUGACAUGGGUAGUAGAUAAGUUGGAUUGUAGACCUUGAUGUCAGUGGGGGAACUUUAUGUGAAAACAAUCAUCCGUACGUCGUCAGAAUAAUUAGUUAAGACCUAUUUCUUUUCCUUAGUCAUGUGCUGAUUAUAACU